ACAUUCAGGAACAUUCCAUGCGCACGGCUGAAUGAAAACAUUGAAUAAAGCAUUCUUAAAAGAAAAAAUGAAAUGUAAAUAAAGUCCAUAACGUAUAUAAAAAUACUGCUUCGUAAUUAAACCAGGAAAUAUGGAUAACGAGGCUACUCCUCUUGCGAAGGUGCGAACAUGGAUCGUACAUUUGGUCUACACAGCAUACUACAUUUGCUUAUGGGUUGGACUAGGUAAAACGUUAGAUAAAUUUGAAGACACAUACUCUAGAGGAGACACAAUCGCUGCUGGUGUUCUUCUUUCAUUAGCAUUUACAGCCGCUCAAGCUGUGUUAAUUUGGUUAGCACUUUGGAAAAGACACAAAAUGUUCAACCAAACAUGGUGCCAUGUACCAAUGCUUGUUUUUAUUAUCUUCUCUCUUGGUCCAUACGGUAUGGCUUUAAACUAUGAAUACAAAGCUGCUAACCCAAAGCUCUUACCAAACACAACAGGUUCAGUUGGUGAGAAUUCAAACUGUUUUAAUAUAACUGUUCCAGAAUUUCAUUUUGUCGUGUUCCAAAUUGUCAUGAUCAUUCUCGUCCUCACACAUCUAAUCUACCCAUUUCCCAACCGGCAUUACAAAAGGGGCGAGCUGUAUGCGAUUGGUAUUGAAUUUCUAAAUGCGUUUGAUAUUAUGGAUCUCGUUGCUGAUAUUGGCUACGUGCAAUCUUAUCAAACAGGUUGGCUUGUGUGUUUUUUCAUAGCCACUGGUGUGUCAACUGUACUGCUCGCGUUCCCUUGUGGUUUGGAAGAUAGAGAUGAUGAAGAUCCGAAACCUUUACAGCGUUUGACGUCAAUUUUUACAUUGCUCUUCACUGACUUUUCUUUCUUUAUCCUUCGAGUGGUAGUUAUACAUAACGAGAAGAGUGUACAGAGUGGAUUCAACUUUUUAAUGAAAAACCUCCUUGCAGCUUUUAUACGAUUUAUACUUAUCUUAAAAUCGUAGAUUUUUUAAGAGUUUAAUUACAAUUUUUAUCUCUGUAGA